AUGGAGCCUGGUCCCUUCCCACUUCUGCGGUGCAUAAUCACUAACAGAGUCCAUGUUGUCCAGGAGUCACUCGAGCACAAUGUGGAAUACGAUGUGCCAGGCAAUCCCACCACGCUAACGGCUGAGCCCUCGGAAACACACACAGGCGGCACAAACCACCCCAGCGCCAAACGACCAAGGCAACUCCGCCUUAUUCAAGGAGUUCACUCAAACACCUCACCCUCACCGUGGUGUUUAGGCCGACUUAAUUCCCCGCCAUCAGCCAGCACUUCAGGUCCUAAUCCAAACGCCAACCGAGUGCGAAGCGACCGGCCGCCUCGCCCUGGCAAUGGGCUGUUCCCAGCCCCGUCUGGCGGGCACCAUUCCUCCCUCAGACCCCGAGGGUACCCUUCACGGCGCCCCUCACCCCCCCGCCGCCGGGCGGGCCGCUUACACAUCAAAAUGGCGCAGGCUCGGGAGGGCCCCGCCGGCCGCCGCCCGCACCAGGGCAAAAUGGUGACCCGCCGCCCAUCCCGGCGUGCCCCGCGCCGCGGGACACCGCUUCCGGCGCCGAACCGGCCCCGCCGGCCCCUUUGCUGCAACGGGGCGCUAACGCCGCGGCUGCGGCCCAGCCCUACACGCACGGCGAACCGCACCCCGUCAUCCCCAGCCUCAAGCGCUACGCGGGCGAGCCUCCCCGAUCGGCUAAGCGCACAUAACGAAGCCCAGGGCUGGGGAAGCUGCCCACGCUACAGCCGCCUUACCCUCCGCCACACCAGCCCCGCAGGAAAAGAGAGUUUUCUAGCAAAUGAGCCACCUGAGCUGACUCACGCUGUGACCACCUAA